AUGUUGAAUUACCUCCGUUCAUAUCUUAUUCGACAUUUGCUGAAUAUUGAACAGAGAAAUUAUCGAUAUGUUCAUCAGAUAUCUCCGUCAUCGAUAAAAUUAAAUUCAACAAUGAAGACUUUGAUUGCAAAUCACCAAUAUAAAGAAGCUCUGGAUUUAUUUGAGAAAAAACUUUCAAUACAUACAGAUGCAACAUUUGUUUUAGCUUUAAAAGCAUCUACUAAAUUAUCUGAUCAUCAACGUGGUAUCACUAUUCAUCAGCAACUUCCAUUGAAAUCGUUGAAAAAUCUACAUAUUCAAACUGCGCUAAUUCAUUUUUACAUGCAAUCCCAUCGAGUAAAUGAUGCUGAACAAAUUUUCUCAACUGUUGAAAAAGAAAACCUUUUUAUAUAUGGUGCAAUGCUCAAAGGUUAUCUUUCAAACAAUAUGCCUGAGAAAGUCUUUGAACUCUACAAAAAAAUCUCCAUCAAAUUAGACACAGUUAUUAUGACAAUCUUCUUCAAUGCUUGUGCCAAAAUUUGUGAUGAUCAUGCAAUUCAAAUUGGAAAUGAUGCUUUUGAGAAAUUACCAAAAUCUUUUCUUGAAAAUCCAAACUUAAUUCGCACAAUCAUUGAUAUGUUUAUGAAAUUUCAUAAUGUUGAACGUGCUGAAUAUUUAUUCAAACAAAUGAAAAAGAUCGAUUCAUCAAUUUAUGGAAUAAUGAUGAAUGGUUAUAAAAUGAACGAUCAACCNCGGCCAUACCACGUUGAAUACACCAGUUCUCGUCCGAUCACUGAAGUUAAGCAACGUCGGGCUCGGUUAGUACUUGGAUGGGUGACCGCCUGGGAAUACCGAGUGUCGUAA